AUGGCAGAUGGAUCUCGAACUGAAGCUGAGCAACUGAACAGGAGCCCCGAGGAAAAUUCUGGAGAAAGAAAUGAACAAGAGCUUUCGCAAAAUGAAAAUAGUGAGACCUGGAAGAUUCAUAGGAAUGAAAUCAGCUCAUCUGAAGGCACAGACGUUGGGGUUUUCGACUUCGGCAACAAAUACGAUGCAGGUCAUAUUGAUGGUCUCGAAGCUAGGAAGGGUCGAAACUACAACAUUGAGGGCAAUAAAAUCGAUUCAAACAAAGGCAAGCGUGUGGGGAUUGGCAAAUUUGGCAACAACUACUCCAUGUCGACCGCAUCAUUUUUACUGGGUGGCCUUAUUGUUCUAGUUUUUGCUAUAUGUAAGCGAAGCUAG